GAAAAUGUUCAAUUGGUAAUAAAAAUAGUGCAGUAUAAAAGUCUCUGAGGAUAUAAAAAAAUGAAAUAAAUGGUCUUUUCUUUAUUUUUUCACUCAGUAGUAAUUCAUAAAUUCCCAGAAAUUGCUUCUUAAUUACCCACCAGCUAUUGAACCAAAAUUCCAAUAUUGAAGUAUUUUUCGUUACCUAUAAAACCUAUACAAGUAAAACUAAAUGAUGAUUGCCUAAAACGUUAAAGAAGCCACUCGCAUUCCAUGCCUUAAGACAAAUAAUUAAAAUUUUCCCACCGAACACCGAAGUAGUAUGAGUACCUACCGGUGCAUUUGCCUCUGACCGCUUCUUCGGCAUUGUUGCACGUUUUUCUGGCAGGCACCAAAAAUUUAGAAAAUAAUUUUAUUUUCUAAAUUAAAGUAAAAUUAGUUUUGAUCCAGGAAAUAAUAUCCUGAAGGUACCACUAUAAGGUUUCCACUAUAAAGUUUGCAAAUUCUUCUCUAAAACUUUCUGUAAUAAAAGGUUAAUAUCUAUAAUAUAGCUAUAGACUCUUUAGAAUAAAUCUUGUAAGUAAGUUGUACACUCAUUAAAAGAUCUGUAAAUUUCUUGAAUGAGUUUAUUAAAACAAAAAAUAAGAUUUAAAUUAAAGUACCUGUAGUGUAAUUAUACAGUAGGGUAGGGUACCUAUUAAUUGCAAUUUUAGUUUGUUAUUUCCCAACAUAUAAAAAGCCUCUCACAUACCUAAUUGAAAUGUCUUGAAAGAUGAAGAUAUCGUAGAAGACUUGGUAACGUGGCCGAGUACCAUAGAUCCGAUAUGCGUUCAACUAAAAAGCCGCUCGGAUACCCAAUAUACAGGGUAGGGAUAGCAUUCUUCCGUCAAGGUCUUCCUUACUCUACCAUUUCGCAGUAAAUGCCAAUAACCCACGACGGUACCAAACGGUACGCAACCUAACCGAAGGAGCCCUCAAGUACCAAUAUCGCCUGCCGUCGAAGAGCGUCUGGUCACGAAGCGAAAGCCUUUCCGUUCUCGCACCGACGAGUCGAAGAAUAAGAGAACGUUGGUCCAGUUCGAACAUCCCCCGAUAUAAUUCUUUCACGGAUUUUUCUCGACAGUACUGCAUACCGCAUUCGCCAUCGACGGACGACAUCGAGCACAUGUCGCAUCGGACCCGGUAUUUUCGGUUUCCGAGAACCAACUGUAAACACACCAAGUUCCGUGAACUCUCGCAAAAACGCAUCCGACGGUUUUCAUUUCAAAACCGUGUGACAGUUGAUGGUGCUGAAGAGUGAUCGUCGAUCGUACUGGUUUUUUCUUAUCUCGAAGUGUCCACGGUACGCGAUCGAAAAUGAAUUAGUGUUAUUAUCGGCGGAGAAAAUGUGAAAAUCUUCGAACGUGCCGAUUGGAAAUGAUAUGAAUGAUCGGUCAGAACGGGAACUUCUUGGUACGGAUGAAACAACUAGAGAUGUGAUCGAAUAAAACAAGAAAAAAAAUGUCAUCCCCAUCACCGGACCACCAGAAAGCGGAGCUCACGUACCAAUCCAGCGAGACCAGCGACCAUGGGCUCCUGGGCCACGUCCACGCCUGCACGUGCUCGGAGAAGGCCCCUUCGAAUCCCAAAAACGAGUCCGGCCUGUCCCACAUGGUGGCGAACCGGCCGGGGCCCGUGCAGCAAAUCGUAAACACCAGUCACGCUUCGAUCCACGUGCACAACAUGAUACACAGUCAAUCACCAAAGACGGAACGCGCCCUCAAAAACAAGGGCGGUUCGUGCACUUGCCACAUUCAAGAGGACUGCGAGACCGCCGAAGGCUUCGAACAGACCGGACAAGGACGAAAAUCGGACGCCGACGACCGGAUAGAAGUCUCCCCGUUGCCGCCAGCGCUGCCCCCCAGGCCGCCCCCUCGGCCUAGGUUCGAUGGCAGCCUCGGUUCCAGGUAUACCUCUCGAACAUCUCCUCAUGGUGGAAGCGGAAUUAGGAAAUAUGUGUUCUGGUGUUGCGCUUGUGGCGGGUUAUCAACAAUUUUGGGAGCGUUAUUUCUGGCUGUAUACUUUUUACUUCGAUCCUACACAUCCACAUUGGGAUAUUUCGAGACGAUUCCCACCUUCGUUCCUGCCACUAUGUUAAUUUUAACGGGGCUGUGUGUAAUUAGUCUGGCCAGAAGGAAAAACAGAUACAGUUAUUUGAUAAAAGUUUGUGGCCUUUGUUGCUUAGUGUGUGCCUUAACGUGCGUAUUGGUCACGAUUACAACCACAGUCAUUCAUAUGAAUAGAUUGCAAACGCUCAGAGAAUGCGUUUAUACGGCAAAAACCAGAACAUGUACCUGCUAUUCAGUAAUAUUGGAAGCUCACGCGUCCGCAGACGACGGUAUGAGAUACGUGUUUGACUCGACCCCAGAUUGUGAGGUAAUCCACGGAGCCCUCUAUUCGUGCCUGAGAGCGAUGUUCGGCCUAUCGGUUAGCGGAAUAUUAGUGUGCAUUUUUUCCUGCAUGCUCGUCUACCAGUUACUAAGUCACGAGAAGAAGAAAAUGUAUUGGGAACAACUGGAGAUGAGAUGCAGAUCGUUCUACCAGCAGCACUCCGGACCGUCGAGCAAUCAAGGGUCCGUUAGAGGACCGCCGGUACCACCGUCCACAUACUGCAGUUGCUGCGAGGAGUGCAGAUAUCCGCCUGUGCCGGUCGCUCCGCAGGUUUACCCCUGGGAUAAUCAUCUGAAUACCGAGAGAUUUUGGGCUCCGGGUCGUAUAGGAAAUUUUUAUUCUCCCAAUCCCGAAGAUGGAACGACUAACAUGCCCGAUACUCAUACAAGGGUUAGAAGCACCAGCGGGUGGAACUGGAGAAGGUUGCCUUGGAACAGGAGCAACGUAGAACAGACUGAUUCUCACAGAGAAAAUUCCAUGACUUAUCAAGGUGUAGUGAGCAGCGCUGACAGCCAAUACGGCUUCAGCAAUCGAUCAGCCGGCGAAAACGCCGCCCAAGAUCAACUAGCCGGCUCGACCGGAUCCUACAGUAUACUAGACAACCGUCCUCCAGUCGGCGGAGUGUACGUGUGGGGCCCGCCGCCUCCUUACUCGAACCCCAAUUCACCAGCCAGAAGACCGACGCAUUCGCCCGGUCGCUACCACCACGUCCACCACCACUCGCACGGCCACGAGUCCCACUGUCAAAUGAACGACAGCCACCAGUUCCGCGCGUCGCGGCGCGCCCGGCCCGCCUACAACGCCAAAGACAACUACGAGAACACCACGGAGCCCGAGAUCCACCGCGCCAACGAGACCAGCGAGAGCACCGACGCGUCGAGCUGCGUCGAUCGCGUCUCGCACACGCUGCCGGCGAGGAAGAUGAAGAAGCGCGUGGAGAUGGCGUCGGUGAAGUCGAGCGCGCAAUCGGGCGCCCGGGCGAACGUCCAGAGCGUGUUCGCGCAGGAGGAGGGCAAGCAGGAGGCCGAGCACGCUUACCACGAGCCGAACGCGCCGGACGCGAAGGGCGCGGAUAGUCAGAAAUGCCGGUUCCUGCCGAGACUGCAGGGGGUGGAAAACGCUGCUUUCCAGAAGCAAGAAGCCAGUCCACAGAAACCGGAGCCGAGCGAGUCGGAGGUGUACUUCGCUGACGUGAGCAGCUGCUGUAAUAUAUCGGUGAGAAACGACGGGCAGGAUUCUUCGUUGUACGAUGAAGCCUUGGAAUCCCAAAAACCCAGGUUAAUAUCGCUCCAAAACACCGAUCCGAAAGACGUAAACACCAAUCAGUUGCUACAAACGUUCCAAGAAAACAUUUCCUCGUCCACCGUAACGGAAGACGAGGAUUACCUAGCGCACAGAAUGGGAAAUCGACAGUUGUCUACCAGAAGUAGAAUACCAUUCCCGUUGCCCGACUCCAACGAGUUAGAAUUCAACGCGGACUCUUGCCUGCAACUUCUACCCAAAGACAUAUCGCAAAACAGCCUCUGUAGCAGCAUACAAACGCCUCUAACCGAAACCACGGACGACACAAUUUCCCCGGACGAGUGUUGCAACAAUUUCUUCCAAGAGAAACCCUGCGAACCGUCGCCCAAACACCGGACCUUCGCCGGCCCUUCGGCGGGCCACUAUCUGGCGCCCGACGCCCAGUACGAGUUCGUCCCCAACCAGGAGGCCUACCGGCAGGGCUCCAGCAACCUCACCAACACGAUAUCCGGCCUGAACUACGACCAGAACUACUACAAUCAGAGCAAGUCGGGCUUCGGCCGGAGCUGUGCCCCGCCGAAGACGCUGAACUUGAACCAAUCGGCCAGGCGGAACCUGGGCUCGAACAUAUCGGCGCUGAUUCAGAACCUCGGCGGCAACGCGGUGGGGCUGCUCUACGAGGAGGCCAACGCCGACGACGAGGUGCAGGGCCAGGCGUGCCACAGCGACGGCACGAUGGACUCCGGCUGGCAGAGCGGGUCCGAGAAAAUCGAGAACCGGGGCCAGGAGGUCGACGAGGCGAAUCAGAAGCCGGUUAACGUUUGAAUAAUAUCGGUUAAAUGAACGGGGAUGUUGAAGUGUAGUGGUGAUAAAUCUUUCGAGCAUAUUCGGGAUUGCUCGAAGUUUUUAUAAGAAGGAUAAGAAGUAUCUUCUUGUGUCUUGUAUAAUAGACAAAAAUUAGGAUUGUCUGAGUUUCUACACAAGAUUCUAAUUUGAAUAUAUUUUGCAGAUUACUCACAAUCAGUAUAUUAAAUUGUUUGCAUAAUAGGUACACUUAAAAAGAGAAUCCACCCAAGUUCGUUUCGCAUGAAUCGUAAAGUUUAUUUUGCCAUUAAAUUUUGAACUCUAGUGAGAUGUGUUAACUUGAGUUAACUGUUAGUAAAAAAAUAGCGACAGUACAAUUUACUCUUUGUACAACUAUUCAAAAUUUACGGUUGCGAUAAUUUCCAUUAAUUUUGAAUUUUGUAUUUAUCUUGAGUGGAAUAGUUAAUACACAUAGUUAAUUAAAAAUGGAACUAUUAUAGAAAUGUGUGAUUACUGUAUAAUUUUAUUAAAUUCGUUAGAGUAACAUUGUGCUACUUAUAAAAAAUCUAUUUACAUAAAUACGCCUCUGAAUUGCCGUUGAAUGCUAAAAUUUUGUAUUAUUAUUGUUAGAAUUUUUUGUAAUAA